CAGUGGCGUGAUGACUUUGUUUCCCAAACUACUCAAUAGCUUCCACCUUAGCAAUUUGCCAAGCCUCGAGAGAUUUUGCCCUGAUGACUAUUCUUUUGCAUGGUCCUCCUCAGUGAGAAAUAUGUAUGUGAGCUUUUGUCCCAAAUUAAAGACAUUGGGUUUUGCACCACUAAGCAAAAAGCGGCCUGCAAUUGCAGAGAAUUUGAGUGAUGAUCAUGUAAGAGGUAGAGAAGAGUCAGGUGGUGCAUCAUCAUCAACUGGAUCUGGAUGUUCGCCACUAGUAUGCUUUCAAAGUCGUCCAUCUACUCGCAACUUUACUCAAAUAUUGCCUCAGGUUGUAAAUAGAGAGGUUACGCCGACAAAUCUUCAGACUUCAAGUGCUAGCGACAAUCUAGAACAUCUCUCAGUACUUCGGUGCGAUUUAUUGGAAGUGAUAUUUUUGGUUCAGGAAACCCCUUCUACUCAAGCAUUUGAUAAGCUGAGGCAAUUGCAGUUGGUGUAUUUACCAAUGCUGAGCCACAUAUGGGAAAAGGGUUUACAAGUUAGCUCAGGCUUUGGAAACCUGAGAUUACUGCGAGUAUUGGGGUGUGACAAAUUGAGAUACUUGUUUUCACCGCACAUAGCCAAACUUCUUACCUGCCUGGAGAGAAUACAAGUAAUGCAUUGUAGUGCGAUGGAGAAAAUUGUUGGAGAGGCAGAAGGGGGAGGAGAAAGUAUUAAGGAUGAAUUGACAUUUCCUCAAUUGAAUUAUAUCGAACUUUUGGAUUUACCCGAACUUGAAUCUUUCUGCUCUGAAGCUUUUACUUUGAAGUGGCCAGCCUUGGAGAAAGUCCAAGUUUAUGAGUGUCCAAAAUUAAAAGCGUUUGCUCCUGAGUCUCUAUAUGGAAAUCUAUACAACAUGUGGCUAUGAAAUGUCCACGUGGAAAGAAAAGAAGAAUAUCAUCAGAAGCCAAGAAGCUAGGGACAAGACUACAUGAUAUGUUGUGGUGCACAUCUACAAGAUACCAGUCGCUUUCAUCACUGAUUAUACAUGUUAAUGUUCCUCAUAUCCUGCCAUUGCAUCUCUUUGAUAAGAUAAUUUAGUUAUUAUCUUUAGUUGUAUUAUAAAACUGGAUUUAUUUGGACCUUCCUUUUCGUAUGUAAUAUUACCAUAUGAAAUCUGGUUGGGACUCUAGCUAUGCGGGCGCCAAGUCGGAUCUCUAUACUUGCAACAGAGCUGUAUGCUCUUAAGGUCGGACUCUCUUUUGCGUUGGAUGCGUCUCUAGUGCCUCUGGAGAUUGAGUCUGAUUCCUUGCAGGCAGUUUCUAUGGUCAACAGUGAGGAGGAAUGCCUUGCUGC